AGUGAAGUUGUUUCAUAGUCCCUCACGCUCGGGGUCAGUAUGCUUAUUUCAUCAAGAACAAAUACAAGUAACUGAGCAGAUAAUUCCUGAGUAUAAAGUUAUGGUAGGAGGAGGACACAGGUAUUCUUUAAAUUGCUUUUCUAGCUAGUUCAAGCAGACUUCAGAAGAACUGAUAAUUAGAAGCUAAAGCUAUAAAUGAGAAAUAAAGCACCUUUUAAAAAUGAGGAUAACACAAUGAGAAUAGGUUCCAUAGCUCUCAAGAAAGUCUAAAGGCAACUGUAGAAGAUAAAUUUUAAUUAUUCUGAGCUGCUGCUGGACAAAUAUAUCUUUUGCAAGAUCCACAGAGUAGGAUGGUGUGGACAGGAGUAGAGACUAUGUGUUCUGCACUGAUUUUCUAUCACAGCUGGCCCGUGAACAAACUGACUUAAAAGUGAUGUAUGUCUGCCUGGUUUGGAGCCAUCUGCUUGUGAUGUGACCAUCUGAAGGGAUUAGGUCUGGUCGUGGUGGGGAAGCAGCUGUGAAACUGAAUGGCCUGUCAUGAGUAGAAAACUGGAACAGAUUACAAUUCCUUAUGGCUUUGUAUAUUAUAGGUCUUGGAAACUGAAAAGACCUCUAUUCUGAAGACUUUUUUUCUGGCAGUUGAUAAUUUAUAGCAAAUGCAACAUUUUGGUUGUCAGUCUUAAUUAAAUCUGUCCUGAAAAAUCUGACAACUAAAAAUCUGACUUCUGUCCUUUUUGUCAGUCAAAACAGACAUAGGAAGCAGCAGGAAGAUCAUCAAAUCUCACACAGAUACUAAUGAUGCAACUGUUGGUUUGGUUUUUUUUUCCCCUUAAGUGUCUUUAUCAAUUGCCUUUAUUCUCCCAAGAAAUAAACAUGCAGGUCAGACUAAAUGAUUGCAUAUAGGUACCUAAGUGCAUCAGUGCAGCUGCUGGAAAGGCUUUAAGGGUAGAGAAAGGCAGCGAUAAAAUGUUGAUGCUUGAAGCUGGAAGGUAGAAGCUGCAGAAAUUUACAUAUUUUAGAAAACAUUUAUAAGCUGUCAAAGAUUUGGUCUCUCUUCCAUUUUAUCUGUACAGCUAUGUUGGGUAGUUGUAUUUAUGUGGGCAGAAAUCUUGUUGUAGAUGAGGUUAUGCUGGUAGGUAUUAGUCAUGUUAGAGUGACAAAAGAACUUCUUUGCUGAUAGAGCCAUGCCACCCAGUGGAAAUGCAGCAAAGCCUGUAGCAUCUAGAAAGCAUUUUUCAGUGUUUGAAAGAUGAUCUUGGAGACAGGAACUAAAUCUGGCACAUCAACUGUUGGAAAAAUGUCAUACAACUCAAAAAUGAAAGCAGUUGAUGCUUAGUUUUGGAUAGCUUGAGUAGAACGAAGUGUUUUGGACAGCUCUUUUAACAAGGGUCUCUAAGGACUAACGAUGGAUAGAAGCCAAGAAAGGCAAGAGCAUGGGGAAAAAAAUGCUACUACAUCCAUCAGUUUCAGUUGGGCUGGAUGUGAUCAAAGAGUGUUUAGAGCUUAAAAAUCCACUGUGGAGCUAUUUUGUUGCAGAAACUGUUCAGUAGGACAGAUUUAGCAUGCCACACGUAGCACCACACUUCCAGAAAUGGGCUUUUCACAGCCCUGUGAAAACCACUGGUUGCUCUUGAGCGCUGUUGGUAGAACUAGCCUGCCGCUGCUGUGUGAGGAGUGCUUCCCAGCCUUUUUCCAGCCUGUGGUGUGGAGCCAGCAGGCUUGCUUGUGUCACCUACCUGCUGUUAAUUUUUGGGAGCAACUCAUGGGCAUCCAGGAGGCCUUGGACUGUCAUCUGAAGAAUCUGCUGUGUGUGGUUUCUGGAAAAAUGUCUGGAACCGAUGAUUUUUCGCUGGCAGAUGCUUUACCAGAUCAAUCUCCUGCUAAAACCUCCAAAGUGAGCAGUACAAAACCUGGUCAGCAACCUGGUCAGCCACCACAGGGUUGGCCAGCUUCAAAUCCCUGGAAUAACCCAAGCGCUCCCCCUAUGGCGCCAACUGGACUGCCACCAAAUACGUCCGCUUCCACUAUGCCAUUUGGACCUCCACCAACAGGAAUGUAUCCUUCAAUGCCCCCUGGACCGCCUGCUCCAUUUCCUCCUCCUCCUGGUGGUCCAUAUCCACCCCCAACUGUGCCAGGUCCUGUCCCACCAGGGCAAUAUCCUCCACCAAAUAUGCCCUUUCCAGAGCUUCCAAGACCUUAUGGUGGUCCAACAGAGCCAGCUGCACCUCCUGCUCCUGUUGGGCCAUGGGGAUCCAUGCCCUCUGGAGCAUGGGGACCAACAAUAGGAGGGCAGUAUCCUGCACCUAGCAUGCCAUAUCCACCCCCAGGGCCAUAUUCCGCUCCUACCCAGACUCCAGGGGCUGCGCCAACAGUACCAUGGGGUACGGUCCCACCUGGAACAUGGGGACCUUCACCGCCAGGUCCAUUUCCUCCACCCACAGGAUUAUAUCCAGCUCCAGGACUGUAUCCUACGCCCCCUAAUCCUUUUCAAGUGCCAUCUGGUCCUGCUGGUGCUCCAUCAAUGCCUAGUGGUCCUCAUCCUUACCGUUGAAUACAUUCUGGGCAACAAAAUACUGUAGUUUUCCCACCUUCAUCCACUACUUAUAGAGAUUUUUACAGUUUUUGUUUCAGUAAUGUUGGGGGCUAUGAAGAAUACUUGCCUCUUGUAUGUGCAUUUGAGGUAUGAAGGAGCAGUUUGCAUAAAUCUUCUUUGCUCAUAUGCUGGUAUAUGGUUUGGUUUAAUAAAGUGAAUUACAAAGAGCAGAAAUCUCACAGAAAACAUCUGUGGAUCUUAA